AUGCAUACUUUAUCCUACUCUUUCAUUAGAUGGUUUUCCUUGUCCCUGUUAUUAUGGAAUAAUUGUGAAUAUGUGAUUCAGUAUAACUUUGAGGAAGCAUGGAAUGAUGGAGUCCGUUGGAAAAAUGCGUCGAACGUACGCUGUAUCCGAAUAUUAAAAGAAGAGGGGAAUAAAUCAGUGGACAUGGAUGAUAACUUUUCCUCAUUAGAGGAAAUUAUGUUUGGAAUAAUUAGUGGCGAUGAAGGUAACGUUGAAGAAGGAACCAAAAUAUUUUUAGACAAGGAGCCUCUCAUGGGAAAAGUGAAGAAUGGAGUGACGAAAGAGAAAUUUCAAGGAGGAAUUUCUUCCUUAGCAGGAAGUGGUCAACAUAAACCGAAUAACGUCUUCCUAGCUAAGGGUGGAAGGUAUGCAUUCGAUAAAUGCAACAAAAGGUUGAGUAACAAUGAUUCAGAUGAUUAUGAUGAUGAUGACGAUUAUGAUGAAAAAUAUGAGAACCGAAAAUAUGAAGACAGAAAAUAUGAAAACGGAAAAUAUGAAAAUAGAAAAUAUGAGAACCGAAAAUAUGAAGACAGAAAAUAUGAAAACGGAAAAUAUGGAAACGGAAAAUAUGAAAAUGAAAAAUAUAAAAACGGAAAAUAUGAGAACCGAAAAUAUGAAGACAGAAAAUAUGAAAACGGAAAAUAUGGAAACGGAAAAUAUGAAAAUGAAAAAUAUAAAAACGGAAAAUAUGAGAACCGAAAAUAUGAAGACAGAAAAUAUGAAAACGGAAAAUAUGGAAACGGAAAAUAUGAAAAUGAAAAAUAUAAAAACGGAAAAUAUGAGAACCGAAAAUAUAAAAACGGAAAAUAUGAAGACAGAAAAUAUGAGAACGGAAAAUAUGAAAACGGAAAAUAUGAAAAUGAAAAAUAUAAGAACGGAAAAUAUGAAAACGGAAAAUAUGAAAAUGGAAAAUAUGAAAACGGAAAAUAUGAAAAUGAAAAAUAUAAGAACGGAAAAUAUGAAAACGGAAAAUAUGAAAAUGGAAAAUAUAAAAACGGAAAAUAUGAAAAUAGAAAAUAUGAGAACAAAAAAUAUGAGGAAAAGGAAGAGUAUGACUACAAAUAUGGGGAUGGUCGCAAACACCGUCCUAAUGAUAGGGACAACUGCAAAUAUAGCUAUGAUCCGUUUGAUCGUAAUGAUUGUGAUAAUCGUGCAAAUCGAACUGAUCGCGAUGUUCGUAAUCAUAGCCAUGGUGGUCUAUAUCUUAAAGGUACAAACUAUAUUGAAUGUCGGGAUGAUCGACGUGAUCAAAGGAACAAAAAAUAUCGCAAUACAUAUGAUGCAUAUUAUAAAUAUGAUAGUGACGAAGAUGAGCAUGAUAAUUAUGAUAGUAGUUAUAGAAAACCUUCAAAUAAUGAACAAUAUACAUUCGAUAAUAAAGGAAAUAAGUUACCAAGAAAAUAUCCUGCCCAAAACCAUUGUCCGAAACAAUGGAAUGACAAAUAUGAAAAUGUGAACAAAGAUGGGAAAACACAUGUUCCAAUGAAUCUAGACGACAGUGCAAAAAAAUUAUCCAGUUUAUUAAAGAACAAUUUUAGUAAUUCAGAGGAAUUAUUAUCCAACUUACAGAAUAAGACACCUAAGAGAAAAAUAGAAAUCAAACCCAAAGGGCUGUUCAAUAAAUUGUUAUAUACUAUAAGAAAAAAAAAAACAUUUCUACACGUUGCAUUGAUUCUUUCAAUUCCUUAUCCAUUAGUUCUGUUUGCUUUUAAUUUAGUUGCGUUCGGUAUAUCCUACCUUACAGAAUGUGUAAUAUUAUUUGUCAUAUUAGCUAUUGCAUCUCACAUAAUAGCAGGAUUUUCCUUUUCGAAGGUUGUUCUAUCUAUUGUACGACCCAAAGAAAAGGAGAAGAUAUGUCAAAGGAAAUCAGGAAAUACAGAACUUCCUCAAGAAAAAAAAACCACAUCUACAGAAAAUCUGAUAAAUCAGAAAGAACAUAGAGAUGCUAACAUCUCAGUAGGCCACUUCUGA